AUGUCCCUCCUCUCCCGUGCUUCUCUCCUGCUACUAUCCCUUCUGCUCACCUUCACCACCGCUCAAUCCUCCAACAACGCCUCCGCCGUCUUCGUAUACAAUGGCUCCGACAACACCGAGUUCAUCUUCGCCCUCAAUGCAGACAAGAGCACAGGCGAUCUCUACUUCCACCUCUCCUCUCCUGCAGGGAACGCUUGGGUGGGAGUCGGCAUUGGAGAUCAAAUGAAAGAUGCGUUGAUGUUCAUUGCAUACCCCGCCGGCAACGACAAAGACGUUACGAUCAGCCCGAGAAUAGGCAGUGGACACACCGAGCCAGAAUAUCAAUCAGACCUCAAGCUCGAUCUACAAUCUGGGAAGGGUUUGACUGGAGCGAACACUGUCAGUGGGAACAGCAGGGAGACCAAGAACAUCAUUGCGGAUGGAGUAUGCAGAGGCUGCGCGAAGUGGGAUCGUGGGAGCAUUGAUUUGACGAACAAAAAACAGCCGUUCAUCCUUGCGGUUGGCCCUGUCUUCCCGGCGAUCGCAUCUAACUCUCAAUCUGCUGGUUUGACUAGGCACAUGUUCUACGGACACUUCACGAUGGAUAUGACCGCUGCGACGUCGAAUUCAGGUGGGGCUGUGCCGCUGGGGCCAUAUAAGACGAAGUCUGCCUCCAAUACUGCUACCAGCACCAAGAUGGACAACGACCCUGCUCCUCGGAUCCACGGCGCCGUGAUGAGCGUUGUCUUUGUCAUCGCUUUCCCACUUGGUACCCUCAUGCUUCGAGUAUGGCACAAGGUGAAGGGGCAUAUCGCAGUGCAAGUGGUUGGGCUGGUUCUCUUCUGCAUGGCUUUCGCCGGUGGCAGCGUGGUGUCGACGCAGUACAACCGAUCGAAGCACUUCAACUCUGCCCACCAAGUCAUCGGCAUUCUGCUGUUGAUCGCACUGUUCGCUCAGCUUGGGCUAGGAGCGUACCAUCACAAGGUCUACAUGAAGACUCAGCAGAAGACGAUCUUUGGCAAGAUUCAUACGUAUCUGGGGCCAGCUAUCAUGCUCAUCGGUAUCCUCAACGGCUUCUUGGGUUUCAGAUUAGCAGGCGCCUACUUCCUCGCCAUCCCCUACUCAAUCAUCCUCAUCGUCUUCGCCGGCAUCUACCUUUGUAUCCGUGGAUACAGCCACAUCCGCCGACGCAGGAACGCCAGCAAGAACGCCCCCGAAGGAUAUCAAUAUCCGCAUUUCGGCGCUCCACCUCCACAGUAUGGCCCGCCUUUUGGUGCACCGCCGCCUUAUGCGCAGCCAGAUGUGCCGUUGCAGCGGUUUGAGAGCUCGCAGAGUGUGCCGAGGGCGGACUCGCCUGCUGUGCAGCCGCGGACGAUGGUGUGA